AGAAUUGACAGUGCAAACCGACAUUGGAUUGCUCUCAAGAUGAGCUUCCUCUUGCCCAAAUUGACCAGCAAGAAAGAAGUGGACCAGGCGAUCAAAAGCACCGCGGAGAGGGUGCUGGUUCUCAGGUUUGGGAGGGAUGAAGACCCCGUCUGCCUGCAGCUGGAUGAUAUUCUCUCGAAGACUUCGGCUGACUUAAGUAAAAUGGCUGCUAUUUACCUAGUCGAUGUGGACCACACUCCAGUUUAUACACAGUAUUUUGACAUCAGUUAUAUCCCCUCCACUGUAUUUUUCUUCAAUGGGCAGCACAUGAAAGUGGAUUAUGGGUCUCCGGAUCACACUAAAUUCAUAGGAAGCUUCAAAACCAAACAAGACUUCAUAGAUUUGAUUGAAGUCAUCUACCGGGGAGCAAUGAGGGGAAAACUUAUUGUCCAGAGUCCUAUUGAUCCCAAGAACAUCCCGAAAUAUGACCUCCUCUAUCAGGACAUUUAGCACACUCGCUGCUGUUGGAGAUGAGAGAGACGCAGGUUGAAACAGGACCUGAACCCAGAGGGCCUGUGGGCUCGAGUCCCUCAGAGACAUGUUCACUGCCUCAGCAAGGAGUCUGAUGUGUCUGUAACCAACAGCCCCUGCACAGAAGCCCCAGCUCUCCAUGGACCUAGAUGCCUGAGUAUCCUCUCCCUGAGAGCCUCAGAGCAGUGCAGCAACUGUGUUUGAGUGGCCUUUGUAACGUCCCUUUAUCUGGACUUCUCUUAACCCCUUAGACACUGUGAGGAUAGUUUGAUGAGCCAUGUUUAUGCACACACACA